UUUGACAACCCACACCCCGGGCUACCCAUUUUAAAAUACUUCAUUGCGCAUAACUGUGUGGUACCCCUAGCUAGCCGCCGUUGCUCAACGAAAGGACGACUUCUGAACACUCCCCCUACGCACCCGGUACAAAAAAAAAAAAAAAUCAGAUUAAUAAAUGGGCGAAAUAAACUCCACGGUGGUGCCGCUUCAACGCUAUAUUCCGUUAACCCCCUCCCAUGAGGAGAAGAUCGACGCCCUGCUCAAACGAAUCGAAGCGGAAUUGCCCCCUCCAAUCCCUUUUUUGAAACUCGCGGUGGAAUGCAACCCGAGCGACGACGACGCCCCCACCCCAAAGCAUCCCGUGCGGGUUUUUGCCUACAUGUAUUUGCUCUCUCGCGGGUGGGAUGUGGAGCGGGCCUUUGCGAUGGCCAAGGCCGUCUACGACUACCGCAAAACGAAUCAUCUCGACGAGGUGGCGCUUUUUCCUCCCGCCUUUUCCCUUCGCGGGUGGGAUCUCGAGGCGAUGCGGGUCUUUUUCCACCACCCCCCUCGCCCCCAACCGUCCAGGGUGGAUCGCCUGUUUGCCGGGAUCGGCGCGCAUUUCAGCGCGGGGCUGCAUUACUGGGAUAAAUCCGGCCUCCCGGUGCUUUAUCUGAUGAUCGGCCGCGUGGAUGUGCGCGGGCUGCUUAAACGGCUGAAUGAGAUGGCGAACAUCGGGCAAAGCGCGGCGGAUGUAUUUUGGGAGCACAUCCAACACAUCGCCGGCGUCGGGGAGCUGCUGCUGCUUUAUCAGCAACAUUUAUGGAAUUCCAGGGAGCUCCAAAAAGACGGCGUCGACGCGAGCGAGGGGCUCAUUCGGUCGGCCACCGUCGUCGUCGACGCGCGGGGGCUUCGAUACGCGAUGCUGUGGAAACCCGCGUUGGAUUUAUUUAAAGAGUUAGUUACACGGAUGUUUCAAUAUUACCCCAACUGUAUGCAUCGCGUCCUCGUGAUCAACUGCCCGACAAUCAUUCUGCUAGCGUACAACCUCGUGAAAGGCAUCUUCGAUAAGGAAUUUCGCAAAAAAAUCAGUUUGCUCUACCCAAAGGAUAGCCUGGCGGCGCUGGAGCAGCUCAUUGACAAGAAGCAUAUUCCCCACUUCCUCGGCGGAGAGUGCCGCUGUGAAGGCACUUGCAUCGAGGGGUAUUUCCCGAAGAAUUGCAAGUCGGCCAGUAGCUCCAUCGAAAGUAAUGACGAGGAUGCGUCGACGGAGAACAUUACCAUUUCCGCGGGAACUAUUCAUGAAAGGUCCAUUCCUCUUAAAAAAGGUGAAAGUGUCAUGUGGGAGUUCGCCAUAAAAGAUGGGAAGGAAAUCCAUUUCAGCAGUUUUUUCAUACCAUCCUUCGAACAUGAGAUAAGCGAAGUGAAAAAAAAAUCCACUAAAAGUGAUAUUUUCACGCGCCACGGCGAGGCGAAAUUGGCAAAUUACUUAAUAGCAAAGACCAGCCCUACUCAAGGCGCCGAAUCCUACUUCGCGACUGACGAUGGUGUGCUACUUCUGGUUUGGGAUAACAAAAAGUCAUGGUUUUCAUCAAGAAAAUUACAGAUGAGGGUAUUUAAGCGUAAUGAAAACGAAAAUACUAUGAGUAGCUCAUUUUUACAGCAUAGCUUACUCUCCUCUUCUGCUGAGUGUUUGUAA